AUGACGGGCCGAGCCCGAGCCCGGGCCCGUGGCAGAGCCCGAGGGCAGGAGACAGUACAGCAUGUUGGGGCUGCAGCGAGCCAGCAGCCUGGGUACAUCCCACCGAGACCUCAGCCAUCCCCUGCAGAGGGGGACUUGGUUGGCCGAGGACGACAGAGAGGAAUGGUAGUCGGAGCCACGUCCAAGUCACAAGAACUGCAGAUGUCAGCUGGCUUUCAGGAGCUGUCGUUGGCAGAGAGAGGAGGGCGUCGCCGAGACUUUCAUGACCUUGGUGUGAACACCAGACAGAACCUUGACCAUGUCAAAGAGUCAAAGACAGGCUCCUCGGGCAUCAUUGUGAAGCUGAGCACCAACCACUUCCGGCUGACCUCACGCCCGCAGUGGGCCCUCUACCAGUACCACAUCGACUAUAAUCCCCUGAUGGAGGCCCGCAGGCUGCGCUCUGCACUGCUCUUCCAGCACGAAGACCUCAUUGGAAGGUGUCAUGCUUUCGAUGGGACAAUACUGUUUCUACCUAAGAGACUACAGCAGAAGGUCACAGAAGUUUUCAGUCAGACUCGGAAUGGGGAGCACGUGAGGAUCACCAUCACCCUGACCAACGAAUUGCCGCCCACCUCUCCCACCUGCCUACAGUUCUAUAACAUCAUCUUCAGGAGGCUCUUGAAAAUCAUGAACUUGCAACAAAUUGGACGGAAUUAUUACAACCCGAGUGACCCGAUUGAUAUUCCAAAUCAUAGGUUGGUGAUCUGGCCUGGCUUCACCACAUCCAUCCUUCAGUAUGAGAACAACAUCAUGCUCUGCACAGAUGUCAGCCACAAGGUUCUCCGCAGCGAGACUGUUCUAGAUUUCAUGUUCAAUCUGUACCAGCAGACGGAGGAGCACAAGUUCCAGGAGCAGGUGUCGAAGGAGCUUAUAGGCCUAAUCGUCCUCACCAAGUAUAACAACAAGACCUACAGGGUAGAUGACAUUGACUGGGACCAGAAUCCAAAGAGCACCUUCAAGAAAGCAGAUGGCUCGGAGGUCAGCUUCCUGGAGUACUACAGGAAGCAGUACAACCAGGAAAUCACAGACUUGAAGCAGCCAGUGCUGGUAAGCCAGCCCAAGAGGAGGAGAGGCCCCGGAGGCACCCUGCCUGGCCCAGCCAUGCUCAUCCCCGAGCUCUGCUACCUCACAGGUCUGACUGAUAAAAUGCGCAAUGACUUCAAUGUGAUGAAGGACCUGGCGGUGCACACGAGGCUGACCCCUGAGCAGCGGCAGCGGGAGGUGGGCCGCCUCAUCGACUACAUCCACAAGGAUGACAACGUGCAGAGAGAGCUUCGAGACUGGGGCCUGAGCUUUGACUCAAACUUGCUAUCCUUCUCAGGAAGAAUCUUGCAAUCCGAGAAGAUCCACCAGGGUGGAAAGACGUUUGAUUACAACCCGCAGUUUGCAGACUGGUCCAAAGAAACAAGAGGCGCACCACUGAUCAGCGUGAAGCCGCUGGAUAACUGGCUGCUGAUCUAUACCCGCAGGAAUUAUGAAGCGGCCAACUCACUGAUACAGAACCUGUUCAAAGUGACUCCGGCCAUGGGCAUCCAGAUGAAAAAGGCAAUCAUGAUUGAGGUGGAUGACAGAACAGAAGCUUAUCUGAGAGCCUUGCAGCAGAAGGUGACAUCAGACACUCAGAUAGUUGUCUGUUUGUUGUCAAGUAAUCGGAAGGACAAAUACGAUGCCAUCAAAAAGUACCUGUGUACUGACUGCCCCACCCCAAGUCAGUGUGUGGUGGCCCGGACCCUGGGCAAACAGCAGACGGUCAUGGCCAUUGCCACCAAGAUCGCCCUACAGAUGAACUGCAAGAUGGGAGGCGAGCUCUGGCGGGUAGACAUGCCUCUGAAGCUGGCAAUGAUUGUGGGCAUCGACUGUUACCAUGACACCACAGCUGGGCGGAGGUCCAUCGCAGGAUUCGUUGCCAGCAUCAACGAAGGGAUGACCCGCUGGUUCUCCCGCUGCGUCUUUCAAGACCGUGGACAGGAGCUAGUGGAUGGGCUCAAAGUGUGCUUGCAAGCUGCUCUGAGGGCUUGGAGCGGCUGCAAUGAAUAUAUGCCCAGCCGUGUCAUUGUGUACCGAGAUGGUGUUGGGGACGGGCAGCUGAAGACCCUCGUCAACUAUGAGGUCCCACAGUUCCUGGACUGCCUUAAGUCAGUCGGGAGAGGUUACAACCCAAGACUCACUGUAAUUGUAGUGAAGAAGCGUGUCAAUGCCAGGUUUUUUGCUCAGUCUGGGGGAAGACUCCAGAACCCUCUUCCAGGGACAGUCAUUGAUGUGGAAGUCACCCGGCCAGAGUGGUAUGACUUUUUCAUUGUGAGCCAGGCAGUGAGGAGCGGGAGUGUGUCCCCGACACACUACAAUGUCAUCUAUGACAGCAGUGGCCUGAAGCCUGAUCACAUCCAGCGGCUGACAUACAAGCUCUGCCACGUGUACUACAAUUGGCCUGGAGUCAUCCGAGUCCCUGCACCCUGCCAGUACGCACACAAGCUGGCCUUCCUUGUGGGCCAGAGCAUCCACAGAGAGCCGAACCUCUCCCUGUCAAACCGCCUCUACUACCUCUAA